AUGUUGUCGCAAAUUGUGUCUAGAUUAAACCCCCAGAGACUUCGUAUGGGAAAAAUGGGAGUUUCCCCCAAAGAGGGUUCCAAUUAUACCAGUAUUAAGAACCGUUUUCCCAAAGUCAAACCUACUCACGGAAACACAAAUUUUGCUGGAAAUAAAGCUAGCAAGUAUGAACGUCAACAACAUGAAAGCCGAAAUAACAGUGGUGCAUCAGAAUCCGUUAAUUCGGAAAAGAUUUCUUCAAUAAAUGAAGAUAUUUGGAUGCAUAUAAAAAAUGGACAAGACAACGAUGUUAGCUCAAUGACUACUUCUAAUGCUGCAGGAAAUGAACAUUCCGUGGCGGUGCAUUCUGUCAAAGGGCAUAACAUCAAAAUGCAAAGAACUGAAAGAGGAAAGAACACCUUGGAAAGAAUCAUCAACAUCAAGAAACGGUUUCCAAAGUUUAGAUCGCCUUUCAGAAUCAGACCCGAUAUCUCUAAUAUUGCAACCUCUAAAGAAGGCUGCAGAAAUGAAAAGGUGACCGACAUUGGGGAUCAAAAGGCAAUAUAUUCGUCUACAAUUGACAAAAAGUUACUGUCUGAUAGAGUUGUGAAAUGCUGCGAUUUUAUGCCAACUUCUGCUUUAUCUAACAGCUCGAAUGAAGUCAACCUACGAAAAACUGUUGCGGCUCCGACUAAAGAAUUGAAUAUUAGAAACAUAAAGCCAGCUAUAAAAUACAAAAUGCCAAAUCAAGAAUCAGUUAUUGCUUGUGGUGAUUCUAAAACCGAAAAUACUUGCAUCAAAAAUCGACCUAGAUUUAAUGUGCAUGCUACUACUCAUGAAGAAUUCAUCACCAGACAAAUGGGCAAGCAAAACACUUCGGACUUCAGUAGCGCUCAAACUACUACUCUAAAGUCAAUGCCAAAGCUUGGAUUCAUUGAAAGAAAAGCAGAUGGAAUGGCUUAUACUUCAUAUGUGGCAAUGUUAAACACGGAGAGUGAUACAUUAGCAAAUAUCAGGAGAAUAACUGCUCGCAGAUUUUGGGGUUUAGAGCAGCAAUUCAACUGCAAGAUCACUAUCUCUAAUAAGCCAUUGAAGUUGCGUGCAAGGACUGUUUACAAAUUAGAAAUAGAGGGACCAACCUUCAGCGAGUAUAGACAUAGAGAUGCCGCAAAGUCGGACAUUGAAAAGGCUUUGCAGGCCUUCCACAGCCUUCGAAUUAAAAUACAAGAUUAUACCUCCGAUAACGGUCAAACAAGCAGACUUCUGUGUUUGGAUGGCACAAUACCGGUUGUAUACGAGGGAAAUACGUAUAAUAUUCCUUUGGCAGUCUAUUUUAUUCAUCAACAUCCUUAUUAUCCUCCAAUUGCUUUCGUUCGUCCUACUCCUAAUAUGCAGAUAAAGCCGAGCCAAAAUGUAGAUACAAGUGGCAAAAUAUUUCUACCCUACCUUACUGACUGGAAAUACCCUGGCUCAUCGACUCAAAAAUUACUCGAGAUUCUUCAAGGUGUGUUUGGUGCACGAACACCUGUAUUUUCUAAGCCCAAAGUUGCAAUGAAUCCUCCAAUAUCUUACGGCUUCAAUCCACAGAUUUCUGGUAAGCGUUCUUCCAUAUAUCUCGUUAGUUUCUUCUUUAUUCUUAAACAUGCGAUUCUCCCUUAUGCAUUUUCGGCAGCGACAUCAUCAACUACUAAUGGCAACGUCUUCGGAGUUCCAGGCGCAGGCUGGGGAGCAAUGCCACGUUUGCCAAUCUCCUCGAAUAGCUCCACUCCGAAUUCUACCUCUCAGGCGCCUUACUUCGGAGCUACUGCUAUGCCGUCAAUACCUUCAGCUACCUCCUCCACGUAUCUCGGCAAUGCCACAUCAUCCACUGGUAGUAAGUCUCCAUUACAAUGUACCUAUACUGGUAAUAUUCGUCUUAAUUUAGAUUUGAUGUCAGAGGAAGAGCAGCUCUUAAUGUCUCUGCGUUCUGCAGUGGUGGAUAGGCUAAACAAGGAGUAUCGUGAAUUAUCAGAGGAUCUUAACUGUGAGAUUCAGUCCCUCCAGGCCACCGAAUCGGAUCUUCUUCAACGUGGAAACAAAAUUGAAACUAUUCAUGCGAAAAUGGCUUCUGAAUUGGUAUUUUUAAAACUCAUUGUUAAUUGCUAUCAUUAA